AUGAAUUUUUCUUCCGUUCCGACUAAUACGACGGUGAAUGAAAUUAAAAUUUCAGGGAUCAUUAGUGAUGAUCAAUUAAAACCCAUGAUGGAACGAUUAACUGGACUUUUAGGAACCAAAGAAAAGCCUUUCAAAGAAUGGACCAAUGUAUAUAAAACUCUUUCAUCGCUUCCUCCACCACAAUCAUCAACUAUACAAUCCGAAGAUGCUACCGUGGUUUCUUCACUAUCUCUUUCAAAAGAAUUUGAAAUACAUGUGGUCGCUGAUGUGGUAAAAACAAAUGUUUUGGAAAAGAUGGAAGUAAAGGAAACGGAAAAAAUUGUAUGGAAAGAUAUUAAAUCAUUGGGGGUUUAUGUAUUACCACAAAAGGAUAUGCCAUUCAAAUCCAAUGUGAGGACGGUAUCGUUGAGUGGCGUUUAUGGUGGAAGUCCGUUGACAAUGUUGGAAAUGUUGGCUUGUGAGUUUGUGUACGAAUAUGUCAAGGAAGGAUAUCGUUUUAUUUCAAAGACUGGAACUUAUGUAGAUAUUUACACUUUGAAAAAAGUAAUGCGACGAGGAUUUCCGUUGAAAGAAAAUUGUGUGCCUGUGAAUGACACGGCAUCAUACGGUGUGGAAGCUUACAAAUUUGCUCCUCAGCACUUAGAAACGACCUAUGCCAUGGAGAAGGAAUUAACAACACUAGCAAGUAAUUUGGCCAAUCUUGAAAUAUACCUAGGAAAAGUGGACUAA